CUCUUUUUCAAAACCCCUCCAAUUCUUUCGCUCUCACUCUUUCAAGCUUUCUGAUGGAUGUUAACGAGCAUCAAUGAUUUCCUUCACUACUGAGCCCUAAACAUACCCAUUUCUCUCUCUCUCUCAUUAGGUUUUUGUUGGUACAAUCAAUCAAUCAGCUCUCACAGUCUCCAACAAAUGGACCGGAGAUUCAACGGCCCAACCACACCUUCUACCUCCACCGACGCCGCCGCCUCCGCCUCCGCCGCCAAAUCGACUCCUCUGCCUUCACAACCUAACUACAAUAGCCGAGCUGUUAAGGAAGCAUUGGAACAUUUGGCAUCUGUUGAUCUGUUUGAGUUGUGUGAUGAAGCAAAAGUUGAACAUUGUCGGGCUACUAGAGACUUGAGAAGCUGUGGACGUUAUGUAGAAUAUGCUUUGAUCUCAUGUGGACAUGCCUCUUUAUGUGCAGAGUGUAGUCAACGGUGUGAUCUUUGCCCUAUUUGUAGAAUCCCAAUUCCAAUGGAUGGCAAUAGACUACGGCUUCGCCUUUACCAUGAAUGCAUAGAAGCUGGCCUUAUCUCCAAAAGAUGUGAUGAGAGAAUUCAAGAGAAAGAUGGGGAAAAGCAACUAACUGCUGAUGUCCAACGGCUGUAUUCUUUGUUUGAUGUUGCCUUGGAGAAUAACUUAGUUUCUUUGAUAUGCCAAUAUGUAACAGAUGUUUGUAUGGAUGAAAGUGCUGUGUCCAGUGAUCCUGUCAUCGCAUUCUUGUUGGAUGAAGUGGUUGUUAAGGAUUGGUGCAAGAGGACAUUCAGAAACAUUGCAAAAGAACUUCAACGAAUUUAUAAUCUUGAACUAGAGGGAAUGAAAACUAGCCUGACUUUACUACUUAAGUUAUCCAUACAGUUGGCUGGCAUUUGCAAUGUGCUUGAAGUUUUGGAGUCAUCUUUUAAGGACACUCUUUCAGCACAGCUUCAUGACUUACACCACCUUCAAGAGAGCAUAUUGAAGACAAAGCAGCAUAUGGAGAUUAUGAUGUGGUGCAUAAGACAUCAAUUUCUUGAGAAAGUGAAAUCUCGAUAUUCUGAUUUUUCAUCGUGGCAUUCUUGUGUCCAUGAACGGAAAUCGGCUGCAAUUAAGCGUUCAUGGCCUGAUGCAGUAAAUAACUCUUCAGAGCCUACCAAACAGGAUGGUUCCUUGUUCAUUGAAGAUGCGUUGAUGAAUCUUGAUAUAGAACAGGGAAAUACGCAGGAAAUGGGGGAGGAAUCAGAGAUUGCGUCCUUGCUGAAAGAUGGAGUCUCAUCGAUUCUCAGGUCUAAGAUAGAAGGGGUGGCAGGGUGCUAUCCUUUUGAAAAUCUUCGAACUGCAGUCAAUAUACUCUUUUUAUUGGGAAGUUCAGAUUUGGUGGUUGCAAAGCAAGCAAUUCUUCUCUAUUAUCUGUUUGAUAGACAUUGGACAAUGCCUGAUGAAAUAUGGAGACACACUGUGGAAGACUUUGCAGCUACCUUUAGUAUAACCAGGCAUUCAUUACUGGAAUCUUUAAUAUUUUAUCUGUUGGAUGACCACACACAGGAGGCUCUGCAGGAAGCUUGUCGCCUUCUUCCAGAGGUCUCAGGACCAGCAAUCCAUCCUAAGAUUGCACAGGUGCUGUUAGAAAGGAAUAAUCCUGAUACGGCCUUGAUGGUUUUACGGUGGUCUGGGUGUGAUGGUGGAUUACGAAUGGUUUCACUUAGUGAGGCUGUCACCGCUGUUCGGGUGAGGGUGGAAUGUGGACUUCUGACUGAAGCAUUUACACAUCAGAGAAUGCUCUGCACCAAAGUCAGGGAUAAGAAGGUGAAGCAUGGACCAUCUGUGGAUACUUCUCAUGAUUUUAAAGGUGAUUUUAGGAGUUGGGUGCAAUGGGUGGAGAUAUUGGUAACUGAAAUCUGUUGCCUUUGUAUCCGAAGAAACUUGGUGGAUCGAAUGAUAGAGUUGCCAUGGAAUUCUGAAGAGGAGAUACACAUACAUAAGUGUCUGUUAGAUUUUGCUAUUGAGGACCCUUCAACAACUGCUGGAAGUCUUCUUGUUGUAUUCUAUCUUCAGCGCUAUCGGUAUACUGAAGCAUACCAAGUUGAUCUUAAACUUCGGACUUUGGAGAAGGAAUUUAUUACAAAGAGUAUUGUUGGUGAAGAAGUUUUAUAUAGAAUGAGAUCUGCAAGUGAUUGGAGGGAAAGAUUGAUUGAGAAAAGCAUGGAGCUGCUGCCAGAAGUCCAGAGGCUGCAAGUGAAAUCAGGAAAAUUGCCUGGAAUUGUUGUUAAUUCUGGCGAAGAAGUUGGAGUAGCAGCAAAAUUUGAUCUGGCUGAGGUACAAGAGGCAAGGUCGACCAGUUUAUUAAUUCCCUCGUCUACCGAUUCUUCUCUUGUUCUGGGCACAGACCAUACAAUUCCUCUCUUGAGACCGUCAAAUUUUGAAACUCCAACAAGACUACGUGGGUCUGUCCAUAAUCAACGCUCUGAACUUGUUAACUAUGGUUCCCCAUCAAUUUUCCUUACCAAUUCAGAAAGGGGACUAAAACCUUUAAAUAGCAUUAGCAAGGGUUUCAAAUUGGUUGACACUGUAACUCCUGGAACUCGUUGGGUUAGUCCCAUCAGUGCCUCACCUUUGAGAGAAAUUAAAGAAGCUACUCACGGGAAUCUCCAGGACACCUUGCCAGAAAUGGAGGAAAAUGGGUUUAUUAACCAAUUGCAAAAUACUAGUCGGCAUGAUUUGUACAGGGUCACCACUAAUCAGGUAAGUACUCCCAGCAGCAAGCAUGGCUUGUUUAAAGAUUAUGCAGAGGACCUGAAUACAAAUGUGUCUGGUAAAAGGAGCCAGUCUGAUAGAGAUGGUAGACAUUGGAAUGUGGUAUCUUCAGAUGAUCCAAUGGACAUCUCUUCGAGAGGGAAGGACUUCACUGUUGAGGACAGCAAUAUGAAUGGUGGGCCAAGAUGGAGGUCUGAUGAAACCAGUGAUGAGGAAGAGGAGCAAGGUCCAGGGAGAAGUAUGGGAAUGGUUUAUAAUACAACUCCCGCAAGGAGAAGAAGCAGAAGACUUGCCAAUAGGUGAAGAUUGCAUUAUCUAUUUUGUAACUUUUGAUAUCCUUGUCCUUCCAUUGUUGCUCCUUAGUAUGGUCCCGAAAAAAAGAAACCUGCAAGACCUAGUAAUGAAACAGAAGUCUGGUACUUCAAGCGAAGGGAUUAUGCUGCUUGAGUUCCUCAGUUUCCAUGGAAGGGUAAACCAUUCAAGUAAACAUAUACUGGUUUAUGGUUUUGCUAUAAUGGUUCAGCAAAGGAGAUGCAAACUUUGACCGGUCAUUUCCUUUUCUCCUUGUUAUCUUACUGACUAGAGAUCAAUUUAUAGUCUUCUGGGGGUACAAUCUGUGCAGGGUUGGCAACAUUUUUGUAUUCUUGAGGUAAUUCAAUGGUUAAAGCUCUCUUUUUUGGUAGUUUUCUA